GGGAAGGGAAGAGGGAGGCGGAGGAGGUUGCGGCGGGUUUGAAAGCGGCAGUUUCCUGGCAGCUUGGGCAGGCGUUGGUCUCCGCGCUCCAGCUCCGCAGCGGCCACAGUCGAUCCUGCGACGGGUCUACGCGCGCUUCUGCGCACCCCCCGACGGAUUUUUCUCGUUCCGGCUUUUGCCCGUUCACCUCCCCGCCCCCCUGCUUCUGCCUUUCCCGCCGCUCCGGCGCGGAGCCUGGGGGCCAGCCGGCGGCCGUGACCCCGCCCGAAACCCCUCUGGAGCCGCCCGGGGACAGUUCCCCUCUCCUUCCUUCAGCCUAGCCCGGGGUGGUCCUCGCCGAGCCCGGCAGCCCCGGGGAGCGCAGCCGGGAGGGGCGUCCGAGGGGCGUCUCGGGGCUUGGAGCAGCCCGGCCCCGGCGGGCUGCGGUCGGGGCGGGGGGGGGGGGGGGAGGCGCCAGAGCGGCGAGGCCCCCUCGCCGGGCUGCACGGGCUGCCGGGCCCCCAGGCUGAGAGGGGGCCGGAGCGGCGCCCCCGCCGCCCGCGCGGGGUCUCCCCCAUGGUGCAGCGGGGUUCGGGAUGUCGAAGACGCUGAAGAAGAAGAAGCACUGGCUCAGCAAGGUGCAGGAGUGCGCGGUGUCCUGGGCCGGGCCCCCGGGCGACUUGGGCGCGGAGAUCCGGGGCGGCGCGGAGCGCGGCGAGUUCCCUUACCUGGGGCGGCUCCGGGAGGAGCCCGGCGGGGGCACCUGCUGCGUCGUCUCGGGCAAGGCGCCCAGCCCUGGGGAUGUGUUGCUGGAGGUGAACGGGACGCCUGUCAGCGGGCUCACCAACCGGGACACCCUGGCUGUCAUCCGCCACUUCCGAGAGCCCAUCCGUCUCAAGACUGUGAAGCCAGGCAAAGUCAUUAAUAAAGAUUUGCGACAUUACCUGAGUCUUCAGUUUCAGAAAGGAUCAAUUGACCACAAAUUGCAGCAAGUGAUCAGAGAUAAUCUCUACCUGAGAACAAUUCCAUGCACUACAAGGGCCCCCAGGGAUGGGGAAGUACCAGGGGUGGACUAUAAUUUCAUUUCUGUUGAACAGUUCAAAGCACUGGAAGAGAGUGGAGCAUUAUUAGAAAGUGGAACAUAUGAUGGAAACUUCUAUGGAACUCCCAAGCCUCCAGCAGAACCCAGCCCUUUCCAGCCAGAUCCCGUUGAUCAGGUCCUCUUCGAUAAUGAGUUUGACACAGAAUCCCAAAGAAAACGAACUACAUCUGUCAGCAAGAUGGAAAGAAUGGACAGCUCUCUACCUGAAGAGGAAGAAGAAGAGGACAAGGACGCUGUCAAUGGCAGUGGAACUGCAGAAAGCAGAGAGAGGCAUUCUGAGUCAUCUGAUUGGAUGAAGACCGUCCCGAGUUAUAACCAAACAAACAGCUCCAUGGACUUCAGAAACUAUAUGAUGAGAGAUGAGAAUCUGGAACCACUGCCCAAAAACUGGGAGAUGGCCUACACCGACACGGGGAUGGUCUACUUCAUUGACCACAAUACCAAGACAACCACCUGGUUGGAUCCUCGUCUUUGUAAGAAAGCCAAAGCCCCUGAAGACUGUGAAGACGGAGAACUUCCUUAUGGCUGGGAGAAGAUAGAAGACCCACAGUACGGGACAUACUAUGUCGAUCACCUUAACCAGAAAACCCAGUUUGAAAAUCCAGUGGAAGAAGCCAAGAGGAAAAAGCAGUUAGGACAGGCCGAUACUGGAUCUUCAAAACCAGAUAUGGAAAAAUCCCACUUUACUCGAGAUCCGUCCCAGCUGAAAGGCAUCCUUAUCCGAGCAUCGUUGAAGAAAAGCACGAUGGGAUUUGGCUUUACCAUUAUUGGUGGAGACAGGCCAGAUGAGUUCCUACAAGUAAAAAAUGUGCUGAAAGAUGGUCCUGCAGCUCAGGAUGGGAAAAUUGCACCAGGUGAUGUUAUUGUAGACAUCAAUAGCAACUGUGUCCUUGGUCACACCCAUGCCGACGUUGUCCAGAUGUUUCAGUUGGUACCUGUCAAUCAGUAUGUCAACCUCACUCUAUGCCGUGGUUAUCCACUUCCUGAUGACAAUGAAGAUCCUGUCGUGGACAUUGUUGCUGCUACUUCUGUCAUCAAUGGACAGUCAUUAACCAAGGGAGAGACUUGCAUGAAUACUCAGGAUUUUAAGUCAGGAGCAGUGGUCCUAGACCAGAAUGGAAAACCAGGACCCACCUUGAUCAGUGACCGUCUCAAUGGACCAUUGGAUCUGAGCGAGCAGCGAGCAUCCCUGGCAUCAUCGGGCAGCUCCCAGCCCGAACUAGUGACUGUCCCUCUGAUUAAGGGCCCCAAAGGCUUUGGGUUUGCAAUUGCUGACAGCCCAACAGGACAGAAGGUCAAAAUGAUACUGGAUAGUCAGUGGUGUCAAGGCCUCCAGAAAGGGGAUAUAAUUAAGGAAAUUUACCAUCAAAAUGUGCAGAAUUUAACACAUCUCCAAGUGGUAGAGGUGCUAAAGCAGUUUCCAGUAGGUGCAGAUGUACCGUUGCUCAUCCUAAGAGGAGGUCCUCCUUCACCAACCAAAACUGCCAAAAUGAAAACAGAUAAAAAGGAAAAUUCAGGAAGUUUGGAGGCCGUAAAUGAGCCCCUUCCCCAGCCUAUGCCUUUUCCACCCAGCAUUAUCAGGUCAGGAUCCCCGAAAUUGGAUCCUUCUGAGGUCUACCUGAAAUCUAAGACUUUAUAUGAAGAUAAACCACCAAACACCAAGGACUUGGAUGUUUUUCUUCGGAAACAGGAGUCGGGAUUUGGCUUCCGGGUUCUGGGAGGAGAGGGACCCGACCAGUCUAUCUACAUCGGGGCCAUCAUUCCUCUGGGCGCCGCGGAGAAAGACGGCCGGCUGCGUGCAGCUGAUGAGCUGAUGUGCAUUGAUGGGAUUCCCGUGAAAGGGAAGUCUCACAAACAAGUCUUGGACCUCAUGACCACGGCUGCUCGAAAUGGCCACGUGCUGCUAACGGUCAGAAGAAAGGUCUUCUGUGAGAAACAACCUGAGGAGGACAGCUCUCCAGCAUUCCUGUCGACACAGAAUGGCUCACCCCGCCCGAACAGAGCAGAGGUCCCAGCCAGGCCUGCUCCGCAGGAGGCCUAUGAUGUAGUCUUGCAACGGAAGGAGAAUGAAGGAUUUGGCUUUGUCAUCCUCACCUCCAAAAACAAACCCCCUCCGGGAGUUAUUCCUCACAAAAUCGGCCGAGUCAUAGAGGGAAGCCCAGCGGAUCGCUGUGGAAAGCUGAAAAUUGGAGAUCACAUCUCUGCGGUGAACGGGCAGUCCAUUGUGGAACUGUCCCACGAUAACAUUGUUCAGCUGAUCAAAGAUGCUGGUGUCACCGUCACACUUACGGUCGUUGCUGAGGAAGAGCAUCAUGGUCCACCAUCAGGAACAAACUCAGCCAGGCAAAGCCCAGCCCUACAGCACAGACCCAUGGGACAAUCACAGGCCAACCACGUGGCUGGGGACAGAAGUGCUCUAGAAGGUGAAAUUGGGAAGGAUGUCUCCACUUCUUACAGACAUUCAUGGUCUGACCACAAGCACCUUGCACAGCCUGACACGGCGAUGAUUUCGGUUGUCGGCACCCGGCCCAAUCAGAGCCUUGGUUGUUACCCAGUGGAGCUGGAGAGAGGCCCCCGGGGCUUCGGGUUCAGCCUCCGCGGGGGGAAGGAGUACAACAUGGGGCUGUUCAUCCUGCGUCUUGCUGAGGAGGGCCCCGCCAUCAAAGACGGCAGGAUUCACGUGGGUGACCAGAUCGUCGAAAUCAAUGGAGAGCCUACGCAAGGCAUCACACAUACUCGAGCAAUUGAGCUCAUUCAGGCCGGUGGAAAUAAAGUUCUUCUGCUUUUGAGGCCAGGAACUGGCUUGAUACCUGACCACAGUGAUUGGGAUGUUAAUACUCCUUCAUCUUCAAAUGUGAUUUAUGACGAGCAGCCACCAUUUCCCCCAUCUUUCCAUUCUGCUUCCGUAUUUGAGGAGUUUCCCGCACCAGUAAUUGAAGAAUCUUUGAUGAGAGGUCAGAUAUAUGAAAAGACAGAGGAAUUAAAAGAUGGUGUGCCUGAAAAGAAAAGCACUUUAAAUGAAAAUCUGUCUGAUAGAAAGCACUCUUUUCUCCAGAAAAAUGUGAAUAAAAGGGAUCCACCCAGCAGUCAUGGGCAGAGUGACAAGAAAAACCUCUUCAGAGUAGAAAACGGUGUUAAACAAAGAGGUAGAUCUGCUAGUCCCAGAAAGCCCGCCGGCCGACACGCAGAAGAACAUUCGGACAGGCUUCCCAGUCCUCUACCAGCUGACCCCAAAAGACGACCCAGAGAUCGAUCACUCAGCCCCAGGAAGGGGGACAGGAAAGGGGGGCAGAUGGACACCAGGGCAGAUUCUGGACAGGAUCACUGCGGAAGAAGCAGAGGACGGUCUUCCAGCCCAAAAAAGCAGCAAAAGCCUGAAGGAAACAAAGGCCGAGUGAACACCGAAGCCAGAUUAUCAGAGUCUGAGAGUCAGAGAGGAGGGCGCCAUGCGAGGGACGGGGCCGAGCAGAUCUCCGAGGGCAGAGAAGAAUCAGGUGUUGUCCGGAAAGACACAAAGCAGAGCCAGUCUGGAAAAAACAGAACACGGUCUCCAGAGAAAAAAAGCAAGAGAAUGGAGGAAAAGACUCUCCCAUCCAAAAAGACUAGUACUGCCGCUGGUAGAGUAUUAUCUGACCGGGAGAAAGGAAAGAAGGCGAUCUUAGGAGAGACAAGUUCCAGCAAAGAGAAGCCAGGAGAAAAUGCCAGAAUAUCAGACAAGAAGCUGAACCAGGAUCCUGAAGAAAGGAUGGUUUUAAACAAAACCCCAGCUCCCCGAGGAAAAGAACAAGAGGCGGCCGACAGAACCAGAGAGAGUGGAGGGUUCCAACCUGAGAGUGCUUCUCCCAUUAAGAAAACACCCAUAACUCCGGGGCCCUGGAAGGUUCCAAGUGCACACAAAGCCGCAGGCACUACCGGUGUGACUGAGAAACGGCUGUGACCUUUGGUAUAAAACAAAGAAAAACAAGUUGUAAUCUUUUCUUACUGAAAAAUGGCAUUUUUCCAAAACAAAACCCCAAAAAGUCAUUUUUGCAGAAAUUCUGAAGCACAUGCAUUUUAAUUUGAGCAUCCUGUUAGCCAGGCUGCAUGAAGGGCCUCAGGACCGCUGUGAGCCAACUGUCCCGGGGCAGCCGCCCUUCCGCGUGCAGCUGACGUGCCUGCUCCUGGGGGGCCCAGCCCGCCUCCGUGGGUGUCCCCACCCACACGUGCGGAUAUGCACGGUGCGGUCACAACUCACUUGAUACCUGUGCCAAGUUAUCUACCGUUUCAUGUCUCUUUUAUCCGUCUCCGCUAUUUCCACAGGAAUGAAAAAACUAGGUUUGGCUUGGAAGUUGAUAUUCUCAAUAGCAUGCUGCAUGUUUACAGAGAGACACAUUUGAGUCCUUGCAGAAGAAGGAACUGUUAACUCAUCAUUAAACAUGGCAGUUGCCUUUUCUACCAGCUACUGGUGAUGGCCCAGGCCCAGCUUAAAAAUGAAACUCCAAAACAUCACUACUGAAAAGAAAAACAAAAUGGAGUCAGAAAGCGACACUCUUUGGGUUUUUAAUUCGGCUGGAUCAGGUAUUUCAAGUAACUUAAAGAUAUUACUUACAAUCAGAUGUUUAAAAUGAGCUAGUGCUUUAGGCAAUGAAGAGUUCCUCUCCUGCUGUAUUAUCCAACCCUGAUGUGGUCGUAGCAUCUCAGGUCACCCUUUUCCUUCAGUUUAUUUCAUUACAAAACCAGAAAGAAGCAUGUGGAAAUACUGCUUACUGCUGUUCAGAGAAAAACUGCCAGGUUUCUAUUUCUGGAUAUUUGGGUUGGACCUCCUACUACUCAUUCGUUAGUCGUUACUACAUAGUGCGUACGUGAAGAGUCAAAACAUGGUACGGAUUGUGAGGGCCUCGAGCAGCAAGCAGUUUCACAGAUACAGACCGGGCCUCCGGCAGCAGCUGUCCAAGCUCAGGUGUUUCAAAGCAGAACCUGCGUUCAGACCUGCUCAGCAAGAGGACAGACGUGGCAGUAGACAGCCCUUGCUAGAUCUGAUUUCGUUUUAAUUUCUAGCUACAGUAACUUAUUUAAAAAACAAGAAAGGGAGACUAGACAUCUGCUUAGUUUGUACAUUUUAAAAGUCUAAGUAAAGAUGUUUGUUGGGAGGUAGAGACCGUUUUUAGCUCCAUAAAAGAGAUCGAGGAUUUUCAGGCCCCAGAAGCACCAUUCAGUAGCAGCAAUGAAUAAAGGACCGAUCUCAGAACACAACCAUUUUAUGGAGUAUUCGAACAUACCUGUUCUGUCACCUGGGUUCAUCUUGUUCUUGUGAAACAUGGUACGUCCAGGCCCUGUCCUCUCACAGUCCGACUGUGAAAGUCUUUAAUGUACCAACUGAAGCCGCCCUUGUAACUGAGACAUGCCUUCCCAGAGUGAGAUUUCUGAAAUGCCCUUUCAUCCAGAACUAUAUUUACCCACCUCUUGUAACUACUUGAAUAGAGAAAAAUUAGGAGACUUGAUCCAUGCUAAGAAUUUAGCACCACAGAAAUGAUUUAUUUUCCCUAUAGUCCACAAUUAGUGAUAAAAAUCCUAUUUUUAUUGUUAACUGUGACAUAACUUUGAUGUCAUAUGUUGUCAGUCUGAUGUGGCUCUUUUCUUUCUAAGUAACCCGUCACUGUACUGAUUAUAUACCAACUUAGCAAUGUGGCCUUGGAAUGCUAAGCAAAAUAUGGAUGUACUGGUUGUAAAUGUUUAUAUAUUGUACAGUACCUUUAUAUAUACACCUGAGGUUCUGAUUAGAGAAAGAUCUGUAAAUUGCUCGUUAUUUUUUAUAUAGAUAUUAAAAACAAAAACAAAAAUC